AGCGCCAUAGCCCAACGAAAUGUCAUUUUCGAUUUUCCUACUUCCCAACGAAAAUUACUUCCCAAAAAUUUUCCAUUUCAUUUUUGCCGCCUUUCACUUGCCGUCGAUCUGUGCUACAAGUCACCGGUGAGCGCACGCUGGUUAACCUGCGCACCCCGCCUAGGGCAAAAUACUUGCGGUCAUCCUCUGCUUCACUUCACGCUACUCUACAGCUCUCUGUGAAGCUCAUGAAUUGAAUUGGCAGCUUUGACUGAGGUUGGUGAGCUGGUCAUUUCAACAUGUAUAUAAAGCAGGUUAUAAUUGAAGGAUUUAAGAGCUACAGAGAACAAGUUGCUACUGAGGCCUUCAGCCCAAAAGUUAAUUGUGUUGUUGGUGCCAAUGGGUCGGGAAAGACGAAUUUCUUCCAUGCAAUUCGGUUUGUACUAAGUGACCUUUUCCAAAACCUUAGGAGCGAGGAUAGGCAUGCUCUACUCCAUGAAGGGGCAGGUCACCAAGUAUUAUCUGCGUUUGUGGAGAUUGUCUUUGAUAAUGCUGACAAUCGAAUCCCGGUUGAUAAGGAGGAAGUGCGUUUGCGAAGAACCAUUGGUUUGAAGAAGGAUGAGUAUUUCUUGGAUGGAAAACACAUCACGAAAACCGAGGUUAUGAAUUUGCUGGAAAGUGCUGGGUUCUCUCGCUCCAAUCCUUAUUAUGUUGUGCAGCAAGGAAAGAUAGCAUCAUUGACACUGAUGAAAGACUCUGAACGGCUGGAUUUACUGAAGGAAAUUGGUGGCACUCGGGUGUAUGAGGAGAGACGUCGAGAAAGUUUGAAAAUUAUGCAGGAAACAGGAAACAAAAGAAGGCAGAUAAUUCAAGUUGUUCAGUACUUGGACGAGAGAUUAAAGGAAUUGGAUGAAGAGAAAGAGGAACUGAGAAAGUAUCAGCAACUUGACAAGCAGCGAAAAUCUUUGGAAUACACUAUUUAUGACAAGGAACUUCAGGAUGCUCGCCAAAAACUGGCAGAGGUAGAAGAUGCUCGAAACAAGGUUUCUGAAACGUCAACGAAGAUGUAUAAUAGCGUGCUGGAUGCCCAUGAAAAGUCCAAGGACUUGGACAAGAUUAUGAAGGAUCUGACUAAAGAGCUUCAAGCUUUAUCUAAAGAGAAAGAAGCAAUAGAAAAACAAAGAACAGAAGCAAUAAAGAAGCAUACAGAGCUUGAGCUUGAUGUGAAAGAUUUGCAGGAGAAGAUAUCUGGAAACUUCGGAGCCAAAGGAGAUGCUGUGAGACAGUUGCAGACUCUGCAGAAAGAAAUUCAGGAUUCAAUGGAUGAACUUGAGAAAAUGAAUCCUCUGUAUGAGGAUCAAGUCAUGAAGGAAAAGGAGAUCACAAAAGGAAUAAUGGAACGCGAGAAGCAGCUUAGCAUACUUUAUCAAAAACAAGGUCGUGCAACCCAGUUUUCAAGUAAAGCUGCUCGUGACAAAUGGCUCCAAAAGGAAAUUGAUGAUCUCGAGCGAGUUCUUUCUUCAAAUUUGGCCCAGGAGCAAAAACUUCAGGACGAAAUUAAACGGCUUAAUGCUGAGUUGAGCGAGCGGGAUGCCUACAUUGAGGCCCGAAGAAGAGAGAUUGCUACUAUUGAAUCUCUCAUCUCUCAGUCACAUGCAGGGUUCAAUCAUCAUAAGUCACAGAGGGACAAGUUGCAGGAUGAGCGCAAGUCCCUGUGGAGGAAUGAAACUGAACUUUCUGCUGAAAUUGAGAAGCUGAGAACAGAAGUUGAGAAGGCUGAAAAGAGCCUGGAUCAUGCGACUCCUGGUGAUGUCAGGAGAGGGCUAAAUUCUGUUCGUAAGAUUUGCAGAGAGUAUAAAAUUCCUGGGGUAUUUGGUCCAAUUAUUGAGUUGCUUGAUUGCGAUGAAAAGUUUUUUACUGCUGUUGAAGUAACUGCUGGGAACAGCUUGUUUCACGUUGUGGUUGAAAAUGAUGAAAUAUCAACACAGAUAAUUAGGCACCUUAAUUCAUUGAAGGGUGGACGAGUUACGUUUAUCCCCCUAAAUAGGGUGAAGGCUCCACGGGUAAUUUAUCCACAGAAUUCAGAUGUGGUUCCUCUGUUAAAGAAGUUAAAGUUUGCUCCAAACUAUAACCCAGCAUUUGCCCAGGUAUUUGCAAGAACAGUUGUUUGUCGAGAUCUGGAUGUGGCUACCAGGGUUGCUCGUACCGAUGGUCUAGACUGCAUUACUUUGGAAGGUGAUCAAGUCAGCAAGAAGGGUGGUAUGACAGGAGGGUUUUAUGACCAUAGACGUUCAAAAUUGAAGUUUAUGUGUACAAUCAUACAGAACACAAAAUCUAUCAACAUAAAGGAAGAAGAACUGGAGAAAGUUAGAUUUAUGCUUCAAGAGAUAGACCAGAAAAUUACAGAUCUCGUAACUGAACAGCAGAAAAUUGAUGCUAAGCGGGCCCACGACAAAUCAGAACUAGAACAGCUUAAGCAGGACAUUGCCAAUGCUGAUAAGCAGAAAAUUUUGAUUUCUAAAGCUCUUGGGAAUAAGGAAAAAUCACUUGCUGAUGUGCGGAGUCAAAUUGAUCAGCUUAGAGCCAGUAUGGCCAUGAAGAGGGCUGAAAUGGGCACAGAUCUCAUUGAUCAUUUAACUCCAGUGGAGAAGGAUCUUCUCUCAAGAUUAAACCCUGAAAUAGCAGAUCUAAAAGAGAAGCUUAUUUCAUGCAAGACAGAUCGUAUUGAGACCGAGUCAAGAAAGGCAGAGCUUGAGACUAAUUUAACCACAAACCUCAAGAGGCGUAAGCAAGAACUAGAGGCCAUAAUCUCCACCAUGGAGACUGACAAUUUGCAUGGUGAAGCUGAAAUUAAGAGUCAGGAACUGAAUGAUUCUAGAUUGUUGGUUGAAGAUUUAACAGAGCAGCUCAGAAGAGUUUCCGAAAGCAUAGAUGGCCAGUCAAAGCAACUCAAGAGAAUUAAAGAUGAAAAGACUAAGUUAAAGAAUUUGGAAGACAACUAUGAGAGGACUCUUCAGGAUGAAGCCAAAGAGCUGGAGCAACUUUUGAGUAAAAGAAAUAUGUUUCUUGCUAAACAAGAGGAAUACUCAAAGAAAAUCAGGGAGUUGGGCCCAUUGUCUUCAGAUGCUUUUGAAACGUAUAAGCGAAGGAGUAUCAAAGAAUUGCAUAAAAUGCUGCACAGAUGCAAUGAGCAGCUGCAACAAUUUAGUCAUGUCAACAAGAAAGCACUUGAUCAGUAUGUGAAUUUUACAGAACAACGAGAAGAACUCCAGAAAAGGCAAGCCGAGCUGGAUGCGGGUGAUGAGAAAAUUGGAGAACUUAUACAGGUUUUGGAUCAAAGGAAGGAUGAAUCAAUAGAACGUACUUUUAAAGGUGUUGCUAGGCACUUUCGAGAAGUUUUCUCAGAACUUGUGCAAGGUGGCCAUGGUUACCUUGUUAUGAUGAAGAAAAAGGAUGGUCACCAUGGUGAUGAUGAUCAGGAUGAGGAUGGACCACGUGAAGCGGAUUUAGAGGGAAGAGUUGAGAAAUAUAUUGGUGUAAAAGUGAAGGUUUCUUUUACCGGACAAGGGGAAACUCAGUCGAUGAAGCAGUUGUCUGGGGGUCAGAAAACUGUUGUUGCGCUAACGCUUAUCUUUGCCAUCCAGCGAUGUGAUCCUGCUCCCUUUUAUCUUUUUGAUGAAAUAGAUGCAGCACUGGAUCCUCAAUACCGAACAGCUGUUGGGAAUAUGAUCCGGCGCCUGGCAGACAUGGCAAAUACUCAAUUUAUAACCACAACAUUCCGGCCAGAGCUUGUGAAAGUUUCUGACAAAAUAUAUGGUGUUGAACAUAAAAACAGGGUGAGCCGUGUCAACGUUGUCUCGAAGGAAGAUGCAUUGGACUUCAUCGAGCAUGACCAGUCUCACAAUGCAGAGUAAAGGAUCUGAUUUUUUUUUUGGGUCCGUCCAGCAAGGCUCGAUAAAGAAUGAUGGAUCAAUUUGCAUUUUGUUAAAUUUACACACUGAUAGCGGAGUCAGAUCUUGUACAAAGUAGGUUUUGCUUCUGUAGAUGCUGAACCACUAGCGUCAUCCAUUUGCCGUUUGUUGUAUAAGCUUGCAUUACUCUUAAAGUAUGAACCAUGGGCACAAAAUACUUGUAAAUGGAAUGCCACUUUGAACCUGAGAAAUUGGAUUCUGUUGUUGGUACAUAUUA